GUUGGCUGCCGGCAGAGCCUGGGCCUACUCCGCCUUGUCCCACAUCUGGUUAGGGGAGAGAGGAGAGGAAGGCCCGGGGAAGGAAGAUCUGAAUGAAAACAUAAGCUGGGAGAAGAGAGGCUUCGAACCUGGGGCUAUCCGAUGAGGAGGCCCAGGAGGCUGAAGAGUGACUGGAAAUUAUCUACAGUACCCAGGGAACCUGGAGCCCGUCCUGCUCUCCUCCAGGCCAUGAUGAUUCUGCGACUCAUCGCACUUGCUCUGGUGACAGGGCACGUAGGGGGAGAGACAAGGAUCAUCAAGGGUUACGAGUGCGCCCCUCAUUCCCAGCCGUGGCAGGUGGCCCUCUUUCAGAAGACACGACUUCUCUGUGGGGCAACCCUCAUCGCCCCCAAAUGGCUCCUGACUGCAGCCCACUGCCGCAAGCCCCGUUACGUGAUCCUCCUUGGGGAGCACAAUCUGGAGAAGACAGAUGGCUAUGAGCAGAAGCGGAUGGCCACUGAGUCCUUCCCCCACCCUGGUUUCAACAACAGCCUCCCCAACAAAGACCACCGGAAUGACAUCAUGCUGGUGAAGAUGUCCUCUCCCGCCAUCAUUACCCGAGCUGUGCGCCCACUCACCCUGUCCUCACGCUGCGUCACUGCGGGCACCAGCUGCCUCAUUUCCGGAUGGGGCACUACGUCCAGCCCCCAGUUGCGCCUGCCUCAUUCCUUGCGGUGUGCCAAUGUCUCCAUCAUCGAACACAAGGAGUGUGAGAGCGCCUACCCAGGCAACAUCACAGAAACCAUGCUGUGUGCCAGUGUUCGGAAAGAGGGCAAGGACUCCUGCCAGGGUGACUCUGGAGGCCCUCUGGUCUGUAACAGAUCUCUACAAGGCAUCAUCUCCUGGGGUCAGGACCCAUGUGCGGUCACCAGAAAACCUGGUGUCUAUACAAAAGUCUGCAAAUAUAUUGACUGGAUCUACGAGAUUAUGAGAAACAACUAGAGGGGAUGUGCUUGUCAGCACCCAACCCCUCCAACCUCUUCUUAAUGCUUUGACUUCUGUUCAUUCUCCCCUAAGAGUCCUUCAGCUGAGACCCUUGCAUGCACUCUCUCCAACCCACCAUGGAUAUAGUAUAGGGGAUGCUCUGACCUAAUGAUCAACUUGGGGUGUAGAAUGAAUCCUGGCUUGACCUGAGUUGUGACUCUGGACAUGAUCAUCACUGGCUUUGUUUGGUUUGGUUUUUGUUGUUUUGUCUCUGGCCCUGAAGGCAGUCUGUGGCAUAUUCUGGGGUUUCAAUAAAUAUUUGUUAAAUGAUAAAA